AUGGUUAAAUUAGCUGAAUAUAAUCGUACAGCAACAUUUGCUUGGUCUCAUGAUAAGAUUCCUUAUUUAGCAUCUGGUACCGCAUCUGGUACAAUGGAUGCAGAUUUUUCUAAUGAUAGUGUCCUUGAAUUAUGGUCUUUAUUAUCAACUUCAACCGAUAAGCCUGUUUGUUCAAUUAAAACAGAUGCUAAAUUUAAUGAUUUAGAUUGGUCAUUUGAUAAUAAAUUUAUUGCUGGUGCAUUAGAUAAUGGUAAUAUUGAAUUAUUUUCAAUGAAUGAUUCAAAGACAAGUGUUUCAUCAAUUACUAAACUUUUAAAACACACUUCACCAGUUAGUACUUUAAGAUUUAAUCCAAAACAAACUAAUUUAUUAUUAUCUGCAGGUGGUAAUAAUAAUGAAUUGUAUAUUUGGGAUGUUAAUCAAUGUUCAACACCUCAAACUUCUAAAUCAUAUACUCCAACUUCACCAGGUACUGCGAUGUCUUCAAUGGAUGAAAUUAAAUCUGUUGCAUGGAAUAGAAAUAAUACUAGAGUCUUUGCAACUGCAGGUGCUAAUAGUCCAUAUGCUUCAAUUUGGGAUUUAAAAGUACAAAAAGAAGUUUUACAUUUAAAUUAUACUUCUGAAACAACAGGGUUAAAACCUUUAUUAUCAGUUGUUGAAUGGCACCCAAUAAGUUCAACAACUAUUGCGACUGCAUCAGGUAGUGAUACAGAUCCUGUUAUUGUUACUUGGGAUUUAAGAAAUGCUAAUCAACCGUUAAAAGUAAUGAAUAAUGGUUUUGCUAAAGGAAUUUUAUCCUUAGAUUGGUGUUCUCAAGAUUCAAGUUUAUUAUUAUCAAGUGGUCGUGAUAAUACUGUACAAUUAUGGAAUCCUGAAGAAGGUAAAUUAUUGUCACAAUUUCCAACAAGAACUAAUUGGUGUUUUAAGACAAAAUUUUCACCUGCUGUACCUGAUAUUUUUGCAUCCGCUUCAUUUGAUUCAAAGAUUCAAGUUCAAACUUUACAAAAUUUAGAAAAUACUUUUGAUAAAGAAGAAACUCAACAAAAGAUUAAAGAAUCUGAAUCUGAAUUUUGGAAUAAUGUAUCUAAUGAAGAGCCUAGUCAAAAUCAAAAACCUACCAUUUUUGAAUUACAAACUCCAAAAUGGUGUGAACAUCAAUCCCCAGCGGCUAAUUGGGCCUUUGGUGGGAAACUUGUUCAAAUUCUACCAGAUGGGAAAGGUGUCUCCAUUACAAAACCAACUAUUCAAGGUUUAGAACCUAAUGAAGCCCUAAAUGAUGCAUUGAAGACUAAAGACUUUGUUCCAUUAAUUAAUAUUAGAUUAGUUAAGACUGUUAAUAAGACAAAUGAAGAAGAUUGGAAUCUAUUGGAAAAAUUAUCAAUGGAUGGUAAAGAAGAAUUCUUAAAGGAUGCCUUUUCAUUCGAUGAUGAAGAUGAAAAUAUUAAUAAUGAUGGUGAAGUUUCUGAUGAAAAAGCAAGAGAUGAAGACGAGAAAUUUUUCAAUAAAUUAGAGACUGAUUUCACUCCAACUGGCGAAUUCAAAUUGAAUAAAGGUAAAGAAGCUACCAUCUCGAAGGAUUUGAUUAAAGGUAAUUUGGAUCGUGCCAUUACUAAAUGUUUGGAUGAUGAUAUGUUACUUGAGGCUCUAGUUAUUGCUUUGGACUCAACAGAUGCUACAAUGAGAGAAAUUGUGAAAAAUAAAUAUUUCACCAAGUAUGCAAACAAAUCAUCUUUAUCAAGAGUCAUGUAUUCUACUCAAAAGAAAGAUAUCGAAGAUAUGAUUAACAAUUUGGAUAUUCAACAAUGGAGAUACACCGUCAAGGCUAUAUACAAUUAUUUCAAGACUGAUGAAUCUAAGAGAAACGAACUAUUGGUUAAACUUGGUGAUAAAUUGGUUGAAAAAAAUAUGAGACAAGAUGCUUUGAUUAUUUUCUUUGCUGCAAACUCUCUGGAUAAAGUCUCUUCAAUUUGGUUGAAAGAAUUCAAAUCUGUAGAAGAUAGUUUGAAAGAACAAAAUAAGACAGUUUACGAAGCUCAUUCUGAAUGUUUAACUGAAUUUAUUGAAAAAUUCACUGUUCUAUCUAGUUUCCUAGGUGGUAAUUUGAAUAUUAACAGUGAAGAAUUAAUCUCCAAAUUCAUGGAAUUUGUCAACUUAACUUCUGCCAGUGGUAAUUUCGAUUUAGCUGCAGCUUUCUUAGAAAAUCUACCAGGUGAAAAUCCAGAAGUUACCGCUGAAAAGCAGCGUGUCCAAAUUGCCUCUGGUAAACAAGUUAGAACUGUUACUGGUAGAACGCAACAAUCCAAGGCUAGAACAACAGCUUAUGUUAACCCACAAAUGGUUAACCAAGCUCCUCAAUCAGCAGCUAGGUAUGGUGUCCAACCACCAUUACAACAGCAACAGAUGCCUCAGACUACCGCUAUUCCACAACAUUCUGGUUACGGUGUUCAACAUCAAGUACCAACAACCACUACUCCUGGUCAACCACCUGUCACACAGCACAUUCCGGCCGGUAGAUAUGCUCCAGUUACUCCAGCUACUGUUGCUGCGGGUAACAUUGCAAUGCCUCAGGCUCCAGUCCAAACUCAAGCUCCAGUGUCCUCUUUCCUUCAACCACAAAAUCCUUAUGCGCCAUCAGCAACAGCUGUUUCGAACAACAAUGCAUACACCCCUCAAGCAUCUGAACUUCCACCUCCACCACAAAAUAUGAAUGGUAUGAGAUCUGGUCAGACGCCACAUUUGAAUAGAAAGGCUAAUGAUGGUUGGAACGAUUUACCAUUGAAGGUAGAAAAAGAUAAAGGUCGUGCUAAGGCUGUCUCUGUAGCACCACCACCUAUGGGUAUGAUGCAAGGUUCCGCUAGUGGAUCACCACAUGUUGUUAGCAAUGCUAUGCCACCUCCACCACUGUCAAGGGUAACAUCUUCCGCUUCUGUCAGCGCACCACCACCAAUGGGUAGAAAUUCAAGAAAAUCUUCACAGGCUGCUUUAAGUAAUCCUGAAAGUUCUACACCUCCGCCACCUUUACCAAAGAUUCCGGCUAAUCCAUAUGCACCAAAGGUUUCUGAGAAUGUACCACCUGUGAACACAGCACCACCAAUGGUGAGCCAACCUCCACAAGGAAACUUCCAACCAAAGGUUAAUCCAUACGCUCCACCAGUAAACCCCACUGUUGGUCAGAGUAUGGGAGGUAUUGAACCACCUCAAAGCAACAUGAAUGCUACCGGCGUCCCACCACAAAAUGCAUACAAUCAACAACAAAAUCCAUAUGCACCACCACAAAAUGCUAGUCUACAACAACAACAACAAUCAUCCUUUAUCGCACCCCCACCAAUGAGCAGAGGUACUAGUUCAUCUGUUCCACAAUCUCCGUUACAACAACCUGUGGGUCCACCUCCAACAAACAUGAGAAAGAAGAAUCACGAUAUGGGUGCAGUUGCAAAUGCAAGUAAUCUCCUAGAUUCUAUGAAACGUAGUGCACCACCUGCUGCAGGUAUUCCGGUGACUAGCGCACCUGUUGCUUCAGCUCCACCUGUAUCUCAACCUAUUGCUUCAGUUGCUACAUCUGAACUAACAGUUAUGCCAGAAGAAUAUAAACCAAUUGUCGACUUUUUACAAGAUGAACUAAAACGUGUUACACCAUUGAUACCACAAAAUUAUACCAAGCAAUUGAAGGAUUGUGACAAGAGAUUAAAUAUUCUAUUUGGUCAUUUGCAAAAGGGGGAUUUGUUGACUGCGCCAACUAUUGAGAAACUAAAGGAGUUAAUCGAAUUCUUGAAGACUAAAAACUAUGAAGCAGCUAAACAGAUUCACGUUGAUAUUGCCACAAACCAUGCCCAAGAAGGUGGUAACUGGUUAACAGGUGUUAAAAGAUUAAUUGGUAUUGCUGAAGCCACCUCUACAUGA